UGUCAAACUGAACAAGUUUUGAAAUGCUGAGUGGCGAGUUGUGAUUGUUGUUUGAAUACAACUUUGGAAUUUCUAGUAACUUCGGAGUAAAUAAAUUGACAAUGUCGUAUUAUACAGAUCUAGUGAGUAAAAUAGGAAAGGAUAGUUCGCGGGCGGCGUGUAAAAAGUGCGGUUAUGCAGGUCACCUUACGUUUCAGUGCCGAAACUUUAUAAAAGUAGAUCCAAAUAAAGAAAUAGUACUAGAUGUAAGUAGUACCAGCAGUGAUAGCGAAGAAGAGUAUGCAACUCCAUUGCAAACUUUACGAGAAGCGGAACUGCGGCAGAAGUUAGAAGAAAAGUUCAAGAAAGCGAAAGAAAAGAAGAAAAGUAAAAAGAGAAAGAGAUCAAGAUCCACCAGUUCAUCAUCAAGCUCAUCAUCAUCAUCAGAUAGCAGUAAUUCAUAUAAAAAAAAGAAAAAGAAGAAGAAAUCCAAGAAGUCCAAGAAGUCACACAAAGAGAAGAAAAAAAGUAAAAAAUAACUGAAAAGGACUUGAAAAUCAAAUGUGUUCAAUCAUGUCAAUAUUAUUAAAUUUAUUAAA